GAUAUUUACACGUGCAUAGACGCAAAUUAUAUUUCACACAAACUCAUUUUGUGUAAGUCGAUAUUUUGUAACUAAAAUGACAUAUAAACGAAAAAAGUAUCACCACGGUGACACCCACCUGAAGAAAAGGUGGAGAGUAAGGAAUAGAAAGAAGGACCUAGAUCAAAUUGAUGAAGAUAUCAAAGAAGAAAACGCCGAAAAGCUAUUAAAUCAGAACGUGGAUUUGGACUUGCCGGGUGCAGCACAACAUUAUUGUUUACAUUGUGCGAGGUAUUUCAUCAACGAGCAAUCUUUGAACGAUCAUUUUAAAACUAAAGUCCAUAAGCGAAGGUUGAAAGCUUUAGAACUAGAACCUUAUACUAUUGAAGAGUCUGAACGUGCCGCGGGUCACGGUAACUUCAAACAGCCAAGUAAAAGAAAAAUAGUUGGUCAAAACGUUGCAAAAUCAGACGAAGACGGUGAUGCAGUUAUAGAGGACGCUACACCCAGUAAAAAGACCAAACUAAACGAAAAUGAUGCGUAAAACUUUCACAAAUAUAUUUAGAAAGGCAUGGGACUGUAAAAUCUCACAGAAGAGGUGCUCUGCCCUGUUUGUAAGUGGUGCUAAAGCUACUGAAAAUUAUGUUUACAUAACUCCACAUAUUGACUUCCCUGAAAAAUAUCAACAGAAAGAUGCUUUCUUAAAAGUUCUUCAGAGAAGGAAGGCUGAUAUUGACCUGGUUAAAGUGGAUAACCUUUGGAAAAUGUAUGAAAGUCUUAAUGCAAAAAAAGCAGAGUACAUUAAGAAGAAAGAUGAAAUAUCAAGGGAACUAGGCAAGCUAAUAAAGAAUGAGCCUGACGGUGAAACCACAAAAAAACUCAAAAUGCAAAGUGAUCUCAUCAAAGAAAAUAUAAAGAAAUUAAAAGUUCCUCUCUGGUCAGCUGAAGAAGCUGCAAUUGUGGAAGUUCUGAAAAUACCAAAUGAUUUACAUUCCCAGACUCCUGAUGGAAGUAAUCAAAUCCUAUACACACACCUUUCAAAACCAGACAAGUUUAAACACCACUUAGAAGUUGGCAAAGAGUUAAAUAUUAUAGAUUUUAAAAAGAAUGAAAAUUAUUACUUAGUCGGGGCCGGUGCGAUGUUUGAACUUGGAGCUAAAUUCUACUUCAGUAAAAUAUUGAGAGAUAGUAAGUUUGUACAGUUUUCAAAUCCAGAUUUUGUCAAGAGUUUAAUUAUUGAGGGCUGUGGCAAAGAUCACACAAAUCCAGAUUUAAGCUUUAUUUUACAUCAUAAUGAGGAUACCAAGGUGAAUGUAGACAGUCGCUUGCAUCUCACUGGUGGUGGGUCACUACCAGCCUUCCUAGCUUACCAUGCAAAGAAUGUUAUGUAUUCUAAAGUUCUGCCACUAAAAUACUUCACAAUGGGCAGGCAGUAUGUACCAGCACCUUCUAAAGAAGACAGUCUAUUCCAUGUCAGUCAAUCAUCUGUGGUUGAGAUAUUUGGAGCGACAAAAACAGAGCAAGACCAAGACAAACUUUUAGAAGAGCUUAUUGAUAUUUUGAAGCUUGCAUACAGUAAACUUGGUUAUCAUUUCCGUUUGAGUUUGGUGUCAGCUGACAAAUUAGAGAUGUGGGAGUCUCUGAGGGUCUCUAUUGAAAUGUAUUCUACAUCAUUGGAAGAUUAUGUUGAGGUGGGCAAUGUGUCUUUAAGUGGAGAUUUCAUUAGCAAGCGAUUGAUGAUUACGUAUUUAGAAAAUAAGGAAAACAAAUUUCCCUGUCUCGUUUCUGGUACAGUGUUGAAUGUUCCCAAGCUUUUGGGCUGUGCCUUGGAGCAUGAUGCAACAUUUGCAGUACCUAACUUUAUUAAGAUUGAGAGGUACCUUCGCACAGAAGAAUGAAAUAAUUAUAAAUUAUAACUGGAAGGAAACAAAAAAAUUUUAUUAGGUGUUCUGGGAUGCCAAAAAUAUAAC